UCCGUUUUGCUCUCUCUCUCUCUCUCUUUUUAUUCACUUACAUAGUUUCCUUUACUGUACUUUUUAGAGAGAGAUACAAAAUAGAAACAUUCUUUGGGAAAGCACUUCAUUGUCAUCAUUCAGAGAGUGGAGAGAAUGAGUUCUUCUUCAGGUCAGAGCAGUGGCUAUGAUCUCUCUUUCAAGAUCUUGUUGAUCGGUGAUUCUGCUGUUGGAAAAAGUAGCCUACUUGUCAGCUUCAUCUCUAACUCUGUUGAAGAUCUUGCCCCCACAAUUGGUGUUGAUUUUAAGAUCAAGCUUCUCACAGUAGGUGGGAAAAGAUUGAAACUAACUAUUUGGGAUACUGCUGGGCAGGAAAGGUUCAGAACUCUAACUAGUUCUUACUAUAGAGGAGCUCAAGGAAUUAUUCUAGUUUAUGAUGUAACAAGAAGAGACACCUUUACAAGUUUAUCAGAAGUGUGGUCUAAAGAAGUGGAACUCUAUUCAACUAAUCAGGAUUGCGUGAAGAUGCUAGUUGGAAAUAAAGUUGAUAGAGAUUCUGAAAGGGCUGUGAGCAAAGAAGAGGGUUUAGCUCUUGCCAAAGAGUUGGGAUGUUUGUUUCUUGAAUGUAGUGCCAAAACUCGAGAAAAUGUGGAACAGUGCUUCGAGGAACUUGCACUAAAGAUAAUGGAAGUUCCUAGUCUUUUGGAAGAAGGAUCAACGGCAGUAAAAAGGAACAUUUUAAAGCAAAAGCAGGAACCCCAAGCAUCCCAAAAUGGUGGUUGUUGCUCUUAAAAAAUGCUGCAACGUGGACACAGUCUUAACUAGCACAUUCUGGACUAAUCCUCAGAUCCCUAUUUGUAAUCUUCUUCCCCAGUUUCUUAUUCGUUCCACUGUCUUUUGGUUGUUUAAUUACUUGUACCACUACAAAUGGGGAAUUGGCAACAAUAACGCCUAUUAUUAGCAUGUGUAAAUUUAUUUCCCUUUUUUAGCCUAUAUUUUAUCCAAAUCAAAACAACCUU